CAUGACAUGCCUGCUCGUUCAAGGAUCUUCUCCGAACUAUUGGCACAAGAUGAGGAAAAAGGAUCAAUGCUAGGCUUGCGUUUUCACGAUAUUCCACCUUCCAAACGUCGUAGAAUGGGCUUGAACUCUCGUUUUGACCGCAUGGUUGAAGCCAUGAAUACCACAUACAAUUCUCCCAGUGGAUCGUCAAGCUCACGUCAGACUCGUAAUAAGAAUCGGAAUAGGUCAUCCUCAAGCAGCAGCUACAGCUUGCCCAUGACACCCAUUGAUCCAUAUUAUGAUGGACUCAAAUCCGGAGCUCUUGGUGAUGACUUUUCCGUACUAAAGAUGAAGAAUAAAUUACCGGGUUUGGAGGAGCAAAACGAAGAUGAUCAGGCUGGUCAGUUUAGAGAACCAUUGCCUUCAUGGUUGCGCCAAACAUUCUCUGCACUUCAUCAAACCCACCCCCUACGAUUGCUUUUGCCAAGAUCGUCCAGCCAUCCUCAAACGAAAUCCAUGUCGCUCGCGGAAAGUCAACAAUCCGAUAGCUCCCCACGGAUAGAAGAAGAAAGCGCGUUUGCCUGUUCUCGAGCUUCUUUCCCUUCGCCGCUAUCUCCAAAGCUCGUGCACGAAGAGCACCUUGCGUCUCCAAUCGCCCUUCGAGCAAUUGACCGUGGGCCUCAGCAGAAGCCAAGACUCCAAGAACACUUACCUGCAACUCCCUCCAAUGCCCAAAAUAUCCCUUUCUCAGAACCCGGACCUGCUUCGAUAUCUGCUUCAAAUUUGCCCUCAUCGCGCCCACCCCUGCUUAUAACUUUUGCUAAUGAAUAUUGCGCAACUGACUUUACUAUUUAUCCUGCUGAAAAUCACAAGCCUUUAGGUGCUGAUACUCGCUUAUCUGCUACGCCUGCCAGAGAUAUGCUUAACACCCCCUCGCUCAAUCAAUCUUACUCGUCCAAUUUUCUAUCGCCGCACUCUUUUCCUCCCCAAACAUGCUCAGAUCUUUUUACCACGCCAGGACCGGUCUAUUAUACCUCUCGACCUGAAGGUGUUUGUGAACCCUCUUCAGAUUCACCCAUACCAGAUAUCCCAUUGCCUGACAUCGAUGCCGGUUCUCUUCAAUUUCAAUGGAUUCCAUUUGAUAGAAAGCAGUCAAACGUCGACAUAUUUGCUCGGACGCACAACUAUAAUGCCGCUUCUAUGGUCAAGCGAGGUUGUACUCUUCCGCCCUCAAGCGAUCCGGAUAACCCUAUCAUACGCGGCGACGAGAUACCCAUGGAGGAUGAUUCUCGCAAUGCCUCUACCCGCUCCUCCCUUCACGCUCAGCAAACCGCGCGACGUAGACAUACAAGCAAUGUCUAUUCCUCUGAACCCGACAGUCUACCGAUGGCUAGUUCCACUGAUGAUUACCUGAAGAAUGACCAAGCCUCGUCUAUAACUUCCUUUCAAAUGGACCCACCAGAAUAUUUCUGUCCGCAAGCAGAGUCAACCCCAUGUAAACAAGUUGAAACAGAUGUCCAACAUACACCCCUGGACACUGAACGGCCAGAAACGUCUUGCCCGUUCAGAUUCAGAUUACCGUCUCUACCUCCGCCUAGUCCAAGUCAGUCCGGGACUGAGAAUCCCCGUGGUCAGAAAACAAUGCCUUCCUUGGAGGUAACUGGGCAGGUUAGUGAACGUGUUGAUAGUCACAAUGAAGAACGACUUGCAACGGAACGUGUACCGGAACAAGCGCCCUGGUCAUCUCCACCGCGACCUCUCGGGGUUGAGGUUCCAGCGUUCGCAACGGCUCCAGGUAUUUAUCUCUCGGCCUUGCGGGACGGUGGAAUUCGACGGGAACCAUCCCGAGAAGAGGACAUCGGUAAAGUCAAGGUGCGAGUCGCCUAUUGCUUUUACCCUGUAGUCAUCAAGUUUUAAUCAACGAGAACGAUUUUGUAAUUUUCUCCAGAGUCGGCUAUUAGACGCGUUGGAUCGAUUUGCAGGUAAUGCGACGGUGGGACAGGGGGCGCGUCCAAGGUUCGAAGGCGGAAGAAUUGAAAACCGAGGUGUAGAGCUCCGUGGUACCGAACGGGAGAGAGUACUCCGAUCUCCAAGAACGGAAGAAGAAGAAGAGAGCCCCAGUGGACGAGAAGCCGACAAUGAAGUGGGACGUGAGCAACUCUCUCAAGGCUCGACGGAAUCGAUAGAAUCAUGGGGAGAUCAGGAUCAUUCCCCAUAGAUUUAGCGGAACAUUAUUCCUACAAGCAAACUAUGAAUAACGAAUGCAGCUCCCGUUCAGUUACGUAUAAUGGCGGAC